CUACUGUCCACAAAAAACUACAAUAAAUACAAACUUUUAUGCUCUUCAUAACAGCUAGAGCUAGCUGCAUCUCAGCAACAAACUGUACAGGAAACAAAGAAAAAAAUGAGUCGUCCACAUAUCCUUGCAGUACCUACUCCUGCACAGGGCCAUGUAAUUCCCUUACUGGAGUUUUCACAAUGUUUGGUUAAGCAUGGCUUCAGAGUCACAUUUGUCAACACAGAAUUCAUUCACAAACGGGUCAUGGACGCAUUACAGGAACAGAACUACAUAGGGGAUGAAAAUGAAAUCCAUCUUGCAACCAUCCCGGAUGGAUUCGAGCCCUGGGAGGAUAGAAGUGAUUUAGGUAAGUUAUGUGAAAAAACGUUUACGGUGAUGCCUGGGAAGCUGGAGGAGCUUAUAGAAAAGAUCAACAGAGAAGAAGAUGAAAAGAUCAUUUGUGUAAUUGCUGAUGGGACUGCUGGGUUUCCUAUUCAAGUUGCAGAGAAGAUGAAAAUUAAAAAGGCCGCAUUUUGGCCUGCAGCAGCUGCAUCUCUGAAACUGCUCUAUGAUACUCAAAAUCUGAUUGAUGAUGGAGUCAUUGACAAUGAAGGAACUCCGAUAAAAAAUCAGAUGAUUCAGUUGGGCCAAAACAUGCCUGUAAUCCACAGUUCAAACCUUAUUUGGGCAAACAUUCGCCAGGGCUUAGCCACCCAGAAGAAAAUAUUUGAUUUUUUUUACAAGAUCACAAAGGCCGUGAACGUGGCAGAUUUCUUGAUUUGCAACUCAACAUAUGAACUUGAACCUGAAGCAUUCAAAUCGGUUCCAAAUAUUCUUCCUGUAGGUCCUCUCUUGGCAAGCAACCGACAAGGAAAUGCAGCAGGAAACUUCUGGCCAGAAGACUCAACUUGCUUGAAAUGGCUUGAUCAACAGCAACCUAACUCAGUCAUUUAUGUUGCAUUUGGCAGCUUCACAGUUAUGGAUAAGAUCCAAUUCCGAGAGCUGGCACUAGGACUUGAACUCACCAACAAGCCAUUCCUGUGGGUUGUGAGGCGAGACAUUGCUGAUAACGCCAAUGAAGCCUUCCCAGAAGGUUUUCAAGACAGGGUAGCCAAACGUGGGAAAAUGGUGGGUUGGGCACCUCAACAGAAGGUUUUGAGUCACCCUUCCAUUGCCUGCUUCUUUAGCCAUUGUGGUUGGAAUUCAACCAUGGAAGGUUUAAGCAAUGGACUUCCUUUCUUGUGUUGGCCAUACUUUGCUGACCAGUUCAUUGAUGAGGGCUACAUUUGUGAUAUUUGGAAGGUGGGAUUGAAGCUUAACAAGGACGAAAGUGGGCUCAUCACACGAGAAGAAAUUAAGAGUAAGUUGGAUCAAGUGCUUGGUGAUGAACAAUUUAAAGCAAGAGCAUUGGAACUGGAGGAAACUGCCAUGAAGAGCGUUCAAGAAGGUGGGCAGUCUAACAAGACUUACAACAAUUUCAUUGAAUGGAUUAAGGCUUAGGAACUGCCCCCAUGAUACCCAGGCAUCAUACAUCAUUGUUUUAGGUAAAGAGAAUUUGUUAUAACUACUUGGGAACUUUCGCCAUUAUAACCCAGAUUUUAGUGUCAAAUUAAGUGUAUUGCUUAUUAUCCUAGUUAGUAAAUAUGGGUACGGCAAAAAAAAUACAGAAAUUUUACGGGUA